AUGGCUUCUUACUUUCUGCCUUCGUUCUUGACCGGCUGGGAUCUUUCGUCCGUAUCUGCGUUUUCUCUUUCCGCCAACCUGCAAAAGAGAAUUCUUUCCUAUCUCUUGAAGAGGACCCUCGGCCACCUUGUCGACGGAGGGCAACUCGACCUCGAACAAAUUGACGCAGGCAUUGGAAGUGGUCGCAUAGAAGUGCGCAAUGUUCAGCUCGAUGCUCAAGCCAUCAGCCGACACUUGCCUUCGCUGCCAAUCACAUUUGUUGCCGGCCAGAUCGGAAGUAUCCUCAUCCAGCUUCCCGUCCCCUAUUUUUGGAAUGGAGAGCUUUCCAUAAAUGUGUCUGACAUCAGCAUUCAUGCCAAGCCACGUUCAGACAAUCCAGAGCAUACCUCGAGUCCACAGCAAGAUCUCUCGGCGUCUUUCGCAAGUGCAGCCAGCCAGCUGUUCGUCGAGGAUGAGGAGGCAAAGGAUCUCGAACAGUCUAUUCACGAAUCCCUCUAUCCCGAAAAUCAAAAACAAGCGCAGCAACGUACGGAAGAGGAGAAAGGCUCGCUCAUUGCGACCUAUGUGGAGGCCCUUUUAACUAGAUUGAAGGUCUCUAUCGAGCAUGUACAGAUCCAUCUCCAGUCGGACGCACUUGAUCUCUCGCUCAAGCUCAGUUAUGCCAGCAUGAAGAGCUCCAAUACUCGCUCAGAACAGCAAGCCGAUGCUUCUGUAAGCGAUAGUGAUCAGACAUGUGGCACUGAUUCUGCCGCAGUCCCGCAUCGCCGACUGCUCAGCGAGACCAAAAGAACGCUCGAGAUGCAAAGCCUCGAGCUUUGGUUGCAAGAUAAUCGAAAGCCAAGCGAUUCGAUCAACGCUGUCUCCCCCUCUUCGACUGAUGGCUCGAUGGACCAUCUUGUUUCGCAACCAUACAAGCCAUCUCACGAAAUGUCACAAUCGGUCGCAUCUCUGCAAGCAUCCUCCGCAAGCCUCUACGAAAGCGCGAUCGGCGAAUCGGCAUUCCCGGAAUCGCUGGAAAAACCCAAUCAAGAUCCGCUUCAUGGAGACGACAUAUCCUCGACAGCUCCCCCCCCGCUCAGUGGGCGGCAUCUGCUAUUCAGUCUGGGUCAAGAAGCCGUUCUAGUUACACUCAAGACCACGAAGGAGCGCCACGAAUUUCUCGUGUCUGACACAGCUUCGCGGCGCGUCGAACAAAAACUGAUAAGCAUCGUCACGGACGUAGAUGUGCAGAUAGGAAAUGCCGGCGGUAUCAUUUUCAUCGAUCAUCUCAGCCUUCUCAUGUCCCUCCUUCAGUCUUUCGACCUCACAAGUAGGCAUACACAGCAAGAAUCGACUCUCAAGGGACCCAAAGCGCAGCCCAUGAGAACGUUGUCAUCUGCACAGACAGGGGGAGACUUUACGCUCAGCUGUCACAUUGAUAGCUUCAACCUCAUUAUCGGUUAUGACGAUCCUCAUGUGCUACAGCAAGACCAGUCUUCUCUCGGGGCUUUUUGGGCUCGUCCAUCUCGGGCCCAUCCUGAUUUUGGACACCUCCGCCUGCGAUGCAACAAGCUCGCUGCACACUACAAUCAUGCUCAGACAGGCCUUUCUCCCGCUCAGUCGCAUGCGCAGAUCCAUUUCUCUGUCGAUGAUCUUGGCCUCUUCGAGCAAUUGCCGACGGUCUUGUACCAGCAAUGCCCUCCAGAGUCGUCUCGUGUGCUCCCCAUCCUAAUCCUGGAUCCUACCCUAUCUCAAUCUGGCACCGAUAGCCCCGCUCGUGCCGAGCACCUUCAACAUGACUAUGCAAGCAGCACCGUCGACGUUUCUGAUUGGCGGUAUAGUCCUAGUCAUCAGACAACAGGACCUCGUUCGCAUGCCACUCCUGACGCACAAAAUGCGGCAAAGGGUGCACGUUUCAAGUCGACCAGUAUACGCCCAGGCUCUUCCUCUUCCGUUCCAAGUUCCCCCCUUCGCACUGCGUAUAGCGACCAAGGUUGGAAGAUCAAAGCUCCGAUCAAAUCUCAGACCCAGGCCACCGCACCAGAAGCAUCCUUGCCCUGCUUUGUUGUCUCUAUUUCCUUGCCACAGAGCUGCAAGGAUCAGGGCCAAGUUACGGCUACUGUGGCCCCAGUUCACUUGUUCGUCGACAUCUCCCUCGUGACCCGGCUCAUGCCAGGUCUGCGCAGAUUUGCAACUGCACAAAUCGCUGCGCUUCAGGGUGUUUCCGAACCUGACUACGAAUUAACAGACUCGAUCGCUACCCUUGGAGCAAGUGUCGCCACCAUUCAGACUUCCACGGACAGUUUGCUUGGCCACCACAGCACAAAUCAAGCCGCUGCCGAACCAAACCCGUACAAGCUCGACCUGCAGAUCAGCUUUGUUCGUGUUGAUGUGAGGACACCACAGGUAUCGUACGAUGCGUCUGCGCUUGGUGGUCGUUCUCUCAGCUCAGUCAGGCUUGCUGGUCUCGACAGGAGGUCCGGUAUUUUGGUUCUUCAAGUGCAGCAUCUCCACUUACAUUUGGGCCUCUCGGAGACGCAUCAGACAGCGUCUGCCGUCCGGUUCGCUUCUCCCUCCACAUCGGCUGAUGGCCGGCACAACAGAGGUCCGGUAGUCACUGGAGUCAUUAAUGCUGAAAAAAUCUCAGCUUUCCUGGCUCUACCCUCGCAAUCUCGCGCGCUGGUGCUGGCAUUGAUAGAGGCGAUUCACGAUGACGCCGAAGUUUCGACACCCUUUGCGAGCUCACAAAACGCCCUGUUACCGCGAGUUGAGUUGUCACAAAUUACCGAGACCGCGCCAGGUCGGGGUCAGUUUGACCCGAGGCAUGGCCAGGCGAAAGACCGAUGUAGCAUUUUGAUACCAUCCAUCAAGGUGGAGCUGGAAAAGACGCAGCUCGACUCGCUCCAGUAUAUGGCGGACGACUUGACACAAUCGGUCAACUUGUGGACCUCUGACGAUCCAGACGAAUCAGACUCUCAUGAUGCCGAAGGGCUCAAGAUUCUCGGCAGUCGCUUCUUUGGCAGUCGCGCCGGUAUGUCGAUCAUGUCCACAAGCACCGAUUCAACUGCCACGGCUCGUACCAGUACCAAGAACUCGUCAUUGCUCUUGACCAUCACCGAGUCGUCCAUCCGGCUUUGGCUUCCAAGCUUGUCACCAAAUACCGAAUCCGUCGGCGACAGACGGACGCGCUCGGCCAAGAGCCUCUUGCUCACAACCACUGACUUUGAACUUCUCUUCGACAGCGACAAGGCGCGAAACACGAAUCGGAUUGAAAUCCGCAUUCCCGACAUGCAGCUCAGUGUCGAAGCAGGGAGUGCUUUCGCGGAGACCUCGAGCACGCUUCUGGCAUUCCGAACUAUGGAGAGAACUCUCAACGAUCAGAGUCGCAACAUGAUGCUUCUCCUUGUGCUCGAAGCCUACGCUGAGCCUGGAACAAGCUAUCGCGAACAGAAUAUAGAUCUGACCCUCUGCUCGGUGACACUGGCUCCAUCCUUUGAUCAGGAGCUGGUACCACGCAUCAAGCGACUCUUGAAGGCUCCCGCCGGUGUAUUUGAGAAUGUCGAGCCGAACGAAGUGACGCGUGUCAGCUUCAAGGCCAAAGAUUGUUCUGUUUUUGUUGCACCUCAAGGAACCCAGCAUCGCGCGGCUGUAGCCAUCGGAGAGGCCUCUGUUAAGACCAAGUUGACCUCGCACGCGCCAAAGACCUCGAUUAAGCUCGCCAUCGCCGGUUUAGAUGUUUUUGCGAUCGAGGCGGAAUCUUCGCAGAGCUCGUCACGGCGUCGAGCUGCGGACAAAUCGGCCUCCGACCACUGGUCUAAGCGCGGCUAUGCUCGCCUGCUUCACGCCCCCGAGAGCAAGGUCAGUAUUCACCUCAACACCUUGACACGACCCGAGGUCGACGUCAAAGUUACCAAACUUCGUGUCAAGCUUCAAGCAACCGCUGAUACGCUCAACGUUGUCACCGGCCUUGUCGGCGCCAUCACGGAGACUCAAGCUGCUGGGUCGACCGAGUCCAGAUCAGCGUCGCCCCUUCCCCACGACAGCUUUAUGUCCUCGACAGAUUCAGAAUACAGCAAUCGAAGCAAUCUCUCCGAGAAAGAGGUUGGGCCGAUACAAACGUCAAAGACAGCUGAUCACUUUGACAGAAUGGCCGAGCUUUUGUCGGGAAUCGAAGAUGACGCCUACCAUCUUGCAUCUCCUCUGCCCGUAGCUGCGGAUCUGGUCGAGGACGACGUACCUUCGGAUGCGGCAUUUCUCGGUAGCAAGGGCCGGUAUCAUCCCGACAUUGUCGAGACGACGCUCGAUUCUGAUGAGUUCUUUGGCGGCGAGUCAGUCGCCUCGCUCUCCCUCCUCGCACCACGCGCCGAUACCGUUAUCUUUGCCGACGAAGAUGUCACAGUGCGCCUCCUCGAUCCCAAAGGCAUCUGUCCCGUACAAGAGUACUUUACGGAUCCAGGUCUGAGACCUCACGUCAAUUCCGCGCUUGGUACAGCGGCGAGCUCGGUCCGGGUUCGAGUGAGCAACUUUGACCUUUCGGUGCGCCUGCAUUCGGGUUACGACUGGCCGUCGACGCGGAAUGCGGUCCAGCAAGAGGUCAAGCUGGUGCGCAAGCGGCUGCAAAAGAUCAAGCAGUUGCUGGCAGAGGGGCAGGUGCCGGAUGACAGUGUCGAAGCGGCGACGAGCAAUCUGCUAGACUCGAUGCACAUCAGCUUGCCGAACGUGGCGGCCGAGAUGGACGCCGACGAGAUGAUGCGUGCUGUGGAAGACGAAGUGGGAGAUUGCUCGGAUGCGGCAUCGACGACGGACAGCGAUGCUUCUGCAUCCUGGCAGGCGUUGCCGUUCGUGCGACGCGAUAGGCAAGCAUCUCGGUUGGAUCACAGGCGCGCCGAGGCCAGUCACACCAAGCUGGAGCGUUCUGCAGGCUCGUUGAUCGACUUUAACUUGCGAGGUCUGGAGGUCGAGUUUGACAAAGCAGACGCGUCUCUGGCUGGAAAUGUGGUCUCGAGAAUUGCGGUGAAUGCGCGCAGGUUUGAGAUCAUCGACAAUAUAAAGACGUCGACGUGGCGGACGUUUCUCACCGAGAUGCAAGAUGCGAAUAGUGCGCUGCGGCAUGAUGUGGAGAGCAAGAUGGUCAAGGUGGAGAUCGUGUAUGUGCGGCCACAGGGGUUGGAGCCAGAAGGUGCGUCGGUGGAACAGCCAGAGGUACGGAUGCGCGCUAGGUUGGCACCGUUGCGGCUGCAUGUCGAUCAAGAUGCACUUGACUUUUUGAAGAAGUUUUUUAUGUUCAAGCCGCCGGGACAGAAGGAGACGAGCGGGGCGGCUGCAGCUACAAGCGGUUCAGCGCUGCCUUUUGUGCAGUUCGCUGAGGUGCUGCCGAUCAAGAUCAAGUUGGACUAUAAGCCAAAGCGGGUGGACUACAAUUUGCUGCGUCAGGGAAAAACGAUCGAGCUGAUGAACUUUUUCCAUUUCGAGGGCUCAGAGAUGGUGCUGCGGCACGUUACGCUAAGGGGAAUCAAUGGAUGGGCACGACUGUUUGACACCCUCAAUGAUAUCUGGACACCAGAUGUCAAGGCGAAUCAGUUGGCCGACUUUUUGUCGGGACUAGGUCCGAUUCGGAGCUUGGUGAAUGUGGGCGCGGGAUUGGCGGAUCUGGUGCUGCUUCCGAUCGAACAGUACCACAAGGACGGUCGUGUGCUGCGCGGUGUUCAACGCGGCGCGGCGGGUUUUGCUAAGACGACAGCACUGGAAGCAGUGAAAUUGGGCGCUAGGCUCGCUACUGGUACGCAGGUGAUUCUGGAACAGGCAGAACAUAUCCUGGGCGGAGAAAGAAUGGAGGAAAGCAUAACGGCAAGCGCCAUCGGUCCGGAAAGUGGUCAAAGCUUUCAGAGCCUCAGUGAAAGCGUCAUGGUCGAGCGCAUGUCACGUUCAGGUAGCGUCAGUAGGUAUGCGCAACAACCGCUCGAUAUGCGAGAUGCACUUGCGCAGGCGUAUUCCGGCUUGACGGACCACUUGACCUCGGCAGCACAAACAAUCUUGGCCAUCCCAAUGGACGUCUUCGAUGCGUCAGACUUGGCCGGCGCACCAACCACACGUUCGUCCGAGCAUACUCGGUCACGUCCCGUCGUCAAGGCUGUCCCGAUAGCCAUACUCAGAGGCGCACAGGGCGCUUCGCAUGCUAUUGCAAAAACCAUGCAGGGCGUACAGGUCGCUUUGGGCGAUCGACAGAAUGUUGACGAGCAAAAGUACAAGUUGCCCCCACACACGUAA